GUGAGACGAGAGCGAAACGAUGUUUUGCACAAAGGUCAUCUGGAGGUUGAAUUUCUCCACAAAAGUGCAAACCAUAGCGCCGGUAGGAAGCAGAAUCACUUUCAUCUUUCUCGCAGUCAGUCUAGUCAAUCAACUCGAACAAAAUGGGUCGCAAGUUCUGUGUCGGUGGCAACUGGAAGCUGAACGGUGACAAGGCCAGCAUCACCGAUCUCUGCAAAGUCCUGACCACCGGUCCUCUGAAUGCUGACACCGAGGUCGUCGUCGGAUGCCCGGCCCCAUAUCUGACCCUGGCCCGCUCCCUGCUGCCGGACAGCGUUGACGUUGCCGCCCAGAACUGCUACAAGGUUGCGAAGGGUGCCUUCACCGGUGAAAUUUCGCCGGCUAUGCUGAAGGAUCUGAACAUUGGUUGGGUCAUUCUGGGUCACUCGGAGCGUCGUGCCAUUUUCGGUGAGUCGGACGAACUGAUCGCCGACAAGGUCGUGCAUGCCCUGGCCGAAGGCCUUAAGGUCAUCGCUUGCAUUGGUGAGACGCUGCAGGAGCGUGAAGCCGGCCAAACCGAGGCCGUUUGCUUCCGCCAGACCAAGGCCAUCGCCGACAAGGUCAAGGACUGGAGCAAGGUUGUGAUCGCCUACGAACCGGUUUGGGCUAUCGGUACCGGUAAGACUGCCACCCCGGAGCAGGCCCAGGAGGUGCACGCCGCUCUGAGGAAGUGGUUCACCGACAAUGUGUCCGCCGAUGUUGCCGCAGCGAUCCGCAUCCAGUACGGAGGAUCGGUUACUGCUGCCAACUGCCGUGAGCUGGCCGCCAAGCCCGAUAUCGACGGUUUCCUGGUCGGCGGUGCUUCGCUGAAGCCGGAGUUCAUUCAGAUCGUCAAUGCUAGACAGUAAAUAGGAGCGCUGCCGGUUCGUUUUCAGAAGAUGUACGUAAAGCUACUCAAGUGGGGGUCAAGACGGCACCACUCGUAGCUUAUCACCUUUCCUCUCACUCUCUCGGGGCAUUUCGGAAGAGCAGCAUUCGAGCCUCAAAACGAAUAUGAGUAAUGAUUAUUUUAAAGUAUAGAGAAUUACUGUGUAAGUCCAAAAACAAGAAGAUGCAAAACAUGUUCACUGCUAGGAGGCAAAACAAAUAUAAAUAGAUUGUUCAGUAGGAAAGC